UACAUAAAUUAUAUCAUGUCACAAUGAUCUUGUAAAUAUUAUACACUUAUGUAUACAAAAAGAACAAUGUGUAUAUACAAUAUAAUAAUGAAAUGUGUAUCUGUGGUCGUCCUCUUUACGCCAUUUCCUGUUGCAUCACCAACACCUUUAAAUGGUAGAUACACAAAAUCGAUAGAGAAUUAUAAACUCACAGUGCCCCACAAACUUGAUUCCCAGGGAGACUUCCUGUCCUUCGACCUACCCCAUUUUUUCGUUCAUGACCCCUCGAAAUCUCGCAGGAAAAGAACGUCGCAGGAUUCCGGUAUGGUUCACUACGGCCUGACACUGAACGGUCAGGACCACGUGAUCGAUUUGUGGCCCAAUCACGAGUUUCUUUCGGCCGAUCUGAUUGUGGAGCGUAGAGAUCCGAAACUGAGGAGGGACACUGAGAGGUUUAAGCGUAUCGAUAGGGAGAGAAUUUGCCAUUAUACCGGUGAAGUUCGAGGACAGAACGGAUCUAGAGUAGCUUUAAGUACUUGUGAUGGAUUGGCUGGAUACAUCACUCUUGGUAACAAGCGGUACUUUAUAGAACCUUUGGAACACCAUCAACCGAAUCAACAAGGCCACCAUUUGCAUAUGAUACACCAAAGCAAUUCCCACGUUGACGCCAAAUCUGCCCAUUGCGGUACCAGUGCUGAUUGGGAAACGGCUUGGAAGAAACGAUUCAAAGACAAGUUACUCAAGAGAGGUCAAGCUGUCGUCGGCAAACGAGGAACAACCAGUGAACAUAGAUAUCUUGAAAUAUUGGUGGUUUGUGACAAAAAGUUUAUUACUCACCACAAGGAUAAGGAUAUGGAGAACUAUAUUAUGACAAUCAUGAAUAUGGUAUCAGACUUUUACCACGACGCUUCUAGCGGCAACCAAAUGGAUAUCGUGGUGGUGCGCGUUAUGUAUUUAGAAAAAGAAGAAGAGGAAAUCGACCUGGUGAUAAACACCGACGCGGAGAGCACGCUCGCCAGCUUCUGCAAGUGGCAGGUCAAGAUUAAUCCCAAAGAUAUAACUAAUCCGAAUUAUCAUGAUAUUGCCGUCUUGUUAACGAGGUACGACAUAUGUGCGGAUGAAGGCAAGGAUUGUGGACUGAUGGGUUUAGCUUACGUCGCUGCAGCUUGUACAAAAGAAGAAAAUUGCGCCAUUAAUGAAGACGGUGGUUUAACUUUGGGAAUCGUCGUUGCUCACGAAAUUGGCCACGUAAUGGGAUGUGCCCAUGACACCGAAGGCGAGUCAGCCUGUCCAUCACAAGCAGAGGAUGAGUCUUAUUAUAUUAUGGCGCCCUACGUUCAUAUGUUUACUACACGCUGGUCUACGUGUAGCAGAGGAUUUAUGACAGCUUUGUUCGAGAACAACUUGGGUGAUUGCCUCAACGACGAACCAGAAGUAUCUAUUUAUUCGAUGAGGAAUGCCCUUCCUGGAACCAUUUAUGACUCGGAUGCUCAAUGCGAUAUUAUGUUUCCGGGAUCUACCACUUGUAUACUGGAAGAGGAAGAAUUUUGUGCAACAUUGUACUGCAGAACCGAACCUAGUUCCUGUUCGUCUAGAGGUGAGCCACCGGCAGAUGGAACAAAGUGUGGUAACAACAAAUGGUGUUUCCACAAAAAAUGUAUCGAGAUCGGCGAACGACCAGACGCAGUAAAUGGUGGUUGGGGACCUUGGGGUUCCUGGUCAUCCUGCUCAAGAACUUGUGGAGGUGGCGUUUCGAUAGCCCAAAGAGACUGUGACAAUCCGAUUCCUCAGUACGGUGGAAGAUACUGCUUGGGAGAAAGAAAGAAAUAUAAGAUAUGCAAUAAAGAGCAUUGUCCAGUUGAUCAACCCUCAUUUAGAGAGGUCCAAUGUACAGAGAGAAAUACAAUUCCUUUUAAGGGCGAACUACGUACUUGGAAACCAUAUCUUAAAAAAGAGGAGCCUUGUGUACUGUACUGCGUAAAUGAGCUGCGAAAGUUUGCAAAAUUGGAGCCAAGAGUGAGGGAUGGAACGCCGUGUAAGGCAGGCACAAAGAAUAUGUGCAUAAGUGGUACUUGCAAGAAGGUUGGGUGUGAUUAUCAACUGGACUCAGAUGCGGUGGAAGAUGUGUGCGGUAUUUGUAAUGGCGACGGAACACAGUGCAAAAUUAUAGACGAAGUCUACAAAGACACCGGCGCUCGUGAUUACAAGAAAGUGGCGACGAUUCCCCAAGGUAGCAGGAAUGUGAGGAUCGAAGAAUUGGCGCCGUCAGUAAACACUAUCGCUGUUACCGAUAAAUCUGAAAAGAUAUUUUAUCUGAACGGAGAGCAUCGUGAAGAGAAAGACGGAACGAAGAAUUUUGGAAAAACUGAAGCUAUCUACAAUCAUCCAGAACCAGGACGAGAAUCCUUAGUCGUACAUGGGCCUACCACGGAAGAUUUAAUAUUUCAUGUCUGCUUCUAUAAACAGGAAAACGUCGGAUACCGCUACAAGUAUGCCGAACCAUCGUCCGACCUAAACUAUUCCCCCCAUUACCACUGGGAAUUGCUGGAAUGGGGGGAAUGCGACGCAAAAUGCGGCGGCGGCAUUCAGCUCUCCAAAUUCGACUGCAUCGAAGAAAAAGCCGGGAAAGUGAGUACGAAUUUUUGCGCCGGAGAACAGAAACCAGAGGCUCUGACUAAGAAAUGCAACGAACAACCGUGUAAGACAAAGUGGAAGGUUGGAAAAUGGAGCCAGUGCAAAGCGUGCAAAAACAUUACAGGACUGCGAACUAGAGAAAUACAAUGUGCCAGAGAAAGUCCCAAACAAGGGGCAGAAGAUAUCCUGCUCGAAGAUUCCAAUUGCGAAGGCGUCAGACCCGCCACUAGCGAGUUGUGCGACUCUCCCGUGAAAUGUAAAGCCAGGCAAGCUGAAUGGGCUCCGGAGGAGAUGCUAAGAGAUGUUUGGGUGCAAGUCAAUAGAAUCAAAAGAAAGGAUGACAAGAGAUAUCUGAAUCUGGAUAAUUUAGUAGAUGUCAUAAACCUAAACGGCGGCAAAGAUAGUUGUGGUGAAAACACUAACGAAAUUACAAAAGCCCCCUCCACCAACAUAACUUUCAGCGUCGGUCAAAUUAUCAAAGACCGAAUUCCACAAACAGAGAUAAAACUUCUUAGGGUACCAUUAAAACAUUCCCAUGACACACUAAACAUUUCUGAUAGUGCCUUUGAGUCCAUGGGCGACACCGUUGGAGACCAAUUGGACACAGGAAGCGUUGUUGUAGUAAAAGGCCAGGAAGCUGCAGAGAAAUUAAAAGAAUUGGGACAGAAUAAAUUGGAGAAACAGGAAUUGUUGUCUUCGACCGUUGCGUCAAAUUAUACAAAGGAAGAAGCAAAACAAAAGGGAGAAAUUACAACUGAGAGUUCCAAAAAGGUUGCUUCGAAAAACAAAGUAAAUGAUGAGGAAAAACCAAAAUCAAAGAGGAAGAGUCAUUAAACCAUUCAAGAUAAAAGCAUGAUAUCACAAGUAUCAAAUACUAUUAUGAUUUAUUGUAAAAAUAAUUAUGUAAAAAAGGGAUUUUCUAAAAAUAUUUAGAUGGAAAGAAUUUCUUAGUUUAUAGGAACUUAUGUACAUAUAUAUUUUUAUAUUAUACGUUAUAUAUUUAGUUUAAUAAAGUC